AGAUCUCAAAACACACACAAAUGGAGUACUCCAAACUUCUCUGGUACGCCAUAACCUCCUACCUCUCAAUCACUCUAGCAGUUUUUCGCUUCUUACAAUCCGGUUUAACUUCUCUAAACCGGAUUCCGAUCAUCGUCUACCUAUCCGACGCCGUCCUGUCUCUAUACUUCUGGUUAUGCGGUCUUUCACCGUGCACCGUUGAUAUAGAUGACCAAACAACUCUCCAUUUCUGGAUGGCCAAGCAUAGGCGGUUCAGCAAACCGGAUCUAGUCAUGGUUCACGGCUUCGGUGGUACUUCGCAGUGGCAAUUUUGCCCCCAAAUCGCUUCCCUGUCUCAGCAUUUCAACUUGUACGUGCCGGAUCUGUUGUUCUUUGGAAAAUCUCACACGACACGGUCAGAUCGGACCGAUAAGUUCCAAGCCGAGUGUAUAAUCAAAGGGCUGAAGAAGUUAGGGUUGGACCGGUUCGCAGUGUACGGGAUUAGCUACGGAGGGUUCGUGGCGUAUCGGAUGGCGGAGGAGUAUCCGGAGAUGGUGCAGAAGGUUGUGUUGGUGAGUACCGGAGUUGGUUGUUCCGAUGAACAGAGAACGAAGGAGUUGAGUAAAUUUGGGAGAAAUGUGUUGGAUAUUCUGGUGCCGGAGAAUCCGGAAGAUAUGCGUUUGUUGGUGCAAUUCUCCACUUUCAAAUUUGAUCCCCUCAAGUGGGCCCCCAAUUUCAUUAUCCAACGGUUCAUUGAUGGGAUAUAUAACAAACAGAGGAAGGAGAAGUUGGAGCUACUGGAGGAAUUGCUGUUAAAGAAAGCAGAUCCAAAACUUCCUGUUCUAACUCAGGAAACACUGUUGAUUUGGGGUGAUAAGGACAGAGUCUUCCCAGUAUACAUGGCUUAUCAGUUGCAGAGGUACUUGGGACAAAAAGCAAGAUUGGAGAUUAUAGAGGACACAGGGCACGCUGUGAAUAUGGAAUCCUCUGCCACUCUGAAUAGGCUCAUAAAGUCAUUUGUUUUACAGCCACCAAAUACCAAAGUUUGAGGAAGCCAAGUUGCGAUAAUUGACCUGCAAAUGGGGGUUAGCAUAUGUCAAUGAAGUUGACCAGAAACAAUAUUCAAUUUAUUCUUCUGCUAAGGAUUGAGCAGAUGAUACAAGUCAGACAUGCUGAAUUUUACAUGUUUUUGUAUAUGUUUUGGUGGUUAGACAAGCAUUAGGAUAAGGAUAAGGAUGCCAAUUCUGAUUACAACUGUCGCCAGUCAACAAGGACUGGCCUAAUUUUAUUUAAUGUAUCAUGUAGAUAGUCUUGGUUGUUCAAUCUUCGUGGCUUAUGCUCUGUUUACUUCCAUGUGUAUGAGAUUCAAUACACUUAACAGAACCUUUUUGUGCAUCAAAA